UCUCACCACAGCACAGCCAGGAUGAAGUCCACUGGCAGCGAGCACAGCGCGCAGCCCGACGGCUUCACCUCAGACCUGGACGACCUGGACAGCGGCAGCGACAGCAGCGGCGGGAAGUCCACCGGGGACUGCAGCCCCCGCAGAGAGCCGGGGGAGGAGGCGGCGGGUGGAGGUGGAGGAGGAGGAGGUGGAGGUGGUUCCCGUGCCGGUGCGCCGAGACGCAGGAGACGGCGGAGACGCAGCAGCAGCGGCGGAGACGGUGGAUGUGGAGGUGGAGGAGGCGCGUGUCUCGCCGGUGUGAGUAAACAGAGGCAGGCGGCCAACGCGCGGGAGCGGGACAGGACGCACAGCGUGAACACGGCCUUCACGGCGCUCCGCACGCUCAUUCCCACCGAGCCCGCCGACAGGAAGCUCUCCAAGAUCGAGACGCUGCGCCUGGCCUCCAGCUACAUCUCGCACCUGGCCAACGUGCUGCUGCUGGGGGACAACUGCCGGGACGGACAGCCCUGCCUCGGGUACCAGAGCAUCCUGCACGGCACCGCGGCGCUCAGCGCGCCCUCGCUGCGGCCCAUCUGCACCUUCUGCCUCAGCAACCAGAGGAAACUGCUCAGAGAUGGAGGGAAGCACUCAGCUGCAGUGUGAAGCGAAGCUGCUCCGGACAGACGGGGGGUGUCCACCGUGAUGUUGUUUACACGUACACCUGCAGGACUUUGUACAUACUCUAUAAAUAUAUUUAUUUUUUGGAUUAGACUAGGAAAAACAAAAAGAUAUUAACACUGAAAAGCACUUUCUGUUCACACUGGUGCUUCUGGACGUCUGUGUUUUGGUUGAACUGUAACCUGAGCCGAUGUGUAAAGCUGCACCUGACGGGGGGCUAUUUUGGUCCCGCCAAUAGUACAAACUACUCCCCCUCCACCCCCGUGCCCCACUCCUAAAAAAAAAGCCUUGUCGCCUUCAGUCACAUGAAGGAAAGUGAAGAGCAGCUUCUGCAGCGGUUGCUGUCAGUUCAGUGGAGUUAAUGCUGCUUUCAGGUGCCGUCAGACAUAUCGCGAUUAUUCAGGGGCACUUGAAAGGAUCAUUAACUGAGCUGUUGACUCUAGUGGUGAAUGUAGGAACUGCAACUACGCUGACAGAACUGAGCUCCUCUACGUCCUGUAGCGUUUGCUUCACGCAUGUUUGAAACAUUACAAAUCAACGUCUCAGGAAUCAGAACGUUUUAAACAAGGGUUUGUUUCACCACUAGGGGGCGACAUAUGACACUUUGGGGCUUGGGGUCCUCCGACUGUGAAAUUUUGAGCGUCAGACACCAAAUUUCCUGGUGAAUUUUUUUUUUUUUUUUUUUUGCAUCAGUUUUUGCCUUUUCUGCAUCAAUUUAUUUCGUCAAAAUCAAAGUUCUCUGCUACCUUUAUAUUCUUAUUGUGGGGGGACAAAUGCACGUUCUAAAUAUUGAGGGGGAAAUGUCCCCCGCGUCCCCCGAAAUAUACGCCUAUGACUGUGUACCGUACCCUGCAAGUUUGCAGUUUGGGUGCAUUCUAGGUACAAUCUUAGGCUACCUUUGAUUUUACCCAAGUGGUCGCAGGAUUUUUCGUAACGUAAUAACAAAUUUUUGUUUCUGUCGAGCUAACUCACACUGUUAUGUUGAAUUGGUUGUCUUUUUUGGGACAUUCAAGGGUUACCUUGAAAUCAGGGUGAAUUUUAGACACCUGGUUGCAUGUAGAGUUCAUAAAAUGACUCACACUAGAUGCACAAAUUGACACGUAGUUCAGCAUUUUUCAACCCGAGCCGAAAACAUGAGCAUAUCUCAGGUGGUUGUAAAUCUAAAAAGACAGCACAGUGUUUUGCUUGCUUUGUCGAAAUCAGGGAAAUAAUGCUUGAUCAUGUAAAAAUGUUGCCCUGGUUGGUUUUUAUUUGUUGGCAAGACGCAUGUUUGGGAUCAGAGCCAUUUGACUGGAUUUCGACGACAUUAAUCAAGGCCUGAUAUUUCCUUCUUUUGACUAUUUUCUUUUAAAGAAAAGAUUGCUGCCUUGAUGCACUGGAGGAAACCAGACAUUUGGGAUUUCUAUAAUGGUGACUGAGGAAAGUUUUAAUCUGAAGCGCUGCCCUUUAAGGUGCGGACACACCAAACCGACAUCAAAGAACUAGCGGCGACAAAAGCCAACUGUUGCAUCGUCUACGUCGCCUCAUGUCGCCCUGUGUCAGUUGCAUUUGAACACACUACACGGACUACAUCCGACGGCCAAGUGGCACGUACGUUCUGCGCCUGCGUGAGAGAGAGCGGAGUGAGAGAGUGGUACAUCCUGUCAGCCGAGAGGUUUCCUAUCUGUGCAGCCCACUGCUUCUUCCCAAAGUGGGAAGAAGCAGCCAAAGUGCCAAUGGUGCGGGACAGACAGACGCUCACCGGCGGCCCAACUUUGGUCGACGGCCGACCAUCGGCUUGGUGUGUCAGGGCCUUAAGCAUCAAAGCUUGUCUCAAAAUUUUAAGAUGCAAUUGGAAAAUUAUCAAUCUGAAUGGGACACUACUUUAAAAGGUCCAGUGUGGAGGAUUCAAGGGGUAUAUUGGCAGAAAUGGAACAUUCACAACUAUGCUUUCAUUAGUUCGUGAUCAACUGAAACUAACUGCAUGAGCUGUUGAUAGCUACAAACAUAGCAUGCCCUCCAUGUUGUUUCUACAGUAGCCCAGAACGGACAAAUCAAACACUGACUCUGGAUAGGGCCAUUCGUGUUUUUGUAUCAGCAACUGGCAACGCUUGGCACACUGGAGAAGUUUCGGUUGGUUGCAAUCUGAAACUUCACCACUAGAUGUCACUAAAUCCACCACACUAGAUCUUUAAUGUGUUCACAUUGGGGGCAAAUAGAACAAUUUGCGUGAGUUCAUCACAUGUAAAGUCAAUGGGAAGACGCAAUUAGAUGCGACUUUCUGUUGGGUGGUGAUGGACGUGACGUGAGUCGUGAAGCGAGUAGCGCGAUUUCACGUCGCGAGAGUUGAAAAAUCUGAAAUUCGAAAACCAAUUCGUGAAUCCGGGGACGCAUGAUUCCGAGGACGUAUCGGCGGAAGUUCACUCAUGGAUUCAGCGAUUUCACGUGCACAUGACGCGAGUCAACACAAAAUAUUCUAGCAUUCAAACGCACUUGAUGUGAAUACAACGUAACUAUAACCCUUUGUCUGUCUUUGGGCCUGAAUCCAAACUGUUUCGAUGAAUUUAUUUGCAGUGUGGUGAAAUGUUUACUUUUGCAUUGUUGCACAAUCUCUGUAUCACUUUAAAAAAGCACAAAACUGUGACGUAUUGUGUGCACGCGGCACACGCAGUGCAUUGGGCUACCUUCUGCACUAAUCUGGAGAACAUACAUAAUCCUUCUACAAUCAGCUGGAUCCCUUGAUAUUGACUAUACAGCACAUAUGGAUGAAAACGUUGCACACUACCUCAGACCUGUUUUCAAUAUGAAGGCCUACCUCUAAAUCUAAUGUGUGACAUGACUGUAGAAAAUGUACUUGAAUGCCUGACUAUUGUGUCCUUUGCACAUCGCAGAUACUGAGAAGCUGCUUGAAGAGAAAUGUAUUUUUGUACAAUACAAAUAAAAGUGAGAGAAAAUCAAACUGGUUUUUCUUGUGUUGGAAAAGUUGCUGAGAUUCAGGACGUUGAAAUCGGCGUAAAACUCAGGAUACUAAAAGGUUUUAAGGACCACAAGCUUGUUGAGGAAGCUUGUUGUCGCUAUUAGAAAAAAAGAGGAACACUUCACCCCCCA